GAGCGGGGAGGAGAGGCUCGUGCCUGGCCGUGCAGGUGUCUAAGGAGCAGCCAGGAGGGGCUGACACCCCAGCUCCCCACCUGCAACCCCAGCAAGCAAGGCCGCUGCAGCCAUGGCGGGCAUGAAGACCGCCUCCGGGGACUACAUCGACUCGUCCUGGGAGCUGAGGGUAUUUGUGGGAGAGGAGGACCCUGAGGCCCAGUCGGUCACGCUCCGGGUCACCGGGGAGUCACACAUCGGUGGGGUGCUCUUGAAGAUCGUGGAGGAGAUCAAUCGUAAGCAGGACUGGUCAGACCACGCCAUUUGGUGGGAACAGAAGAGACAAUGGCUACUGCAGACGCACUGGACCCUGGACAAGUACGGCAUCCUGGCCGACGCCCGCCUCUUCUUUGGGCCCCAGCACCGGCCUGUGGUCCUGCGGCUGCCCAAUCACCGAGCUCUGCGCCUCCGCGCCAGCUUCUCCCAGCCCCUCUUCCGGGCUGUGGCUGCCAUUUGCCGCCUCCUCAGUAUCCGGCACCCCGAGGAGCUGUCUUUGCUCCGGGCUCCUGAGAAGAAGGAGAAAAAGAAGAAGGAGAAGGAGCCGCAGGAGGAGGUGUACGACUUGACCAAGGUCGUCCUGGCUGGGGGUGUGGCCCCUGUGCUGUACCGGGGGAUGCCGGCCCACUUCUCAGACAGCGCCCAAACCGAGGCCUGUUACCACAUGCUGAGCCGCCCACAGCCCCCGCCCGACCCCCUCCUGCUCCAGCGCCUGCCCCGGCCCAGCUGCCUGUCGGACAAGACCCAGCUCCACAGCAGGUGGCUGGACUCCUCCCGCUGCCUCAUGCAGCAGGACGUCAAGGCGGGGGACACGCUCUGGCUGCGCUUCAAGUACUACAGCUUCUUCGACCUGGACCCCAAGACAGACCCAGUGCGGCUGACCCAGCUGUACGAGCAGGCUCGGUGGGACCUGCUGCUGGAGGAGAUCGACUGCACGGAGGAAGAGAUGAUGGUGUUCGCUGCCCUGCAGUACCACGUCAACAAGCUGUCCCAGAGUGGAGAGGUGGGCGAGCCGGCCAGCACCGAUCCGGGGCUGGACGACCUGGACGCAGCCCUGAGCAACCUGGAGGUGAAGCUGGAGGGGUCAGCACCCACAGAUGUGCUGGACAGCCUCACCACCAUCCCGGAACUCAGGGACAACCUCCGCAUCUUCCGGCCCCGGAAGCUGACCCUGAAGGGGUACCGCCAGCACUGGGUGGUGUUCAAGGAGACCACCCUGUCCUACUACAAGAGCCAGGAUGAGGCCCUGGGGGACCCCAUUCAGCAGCUCAACCUCAAGGGCUGUGAGGUAGUCCCCGAUGUCAAUGUCUCAGGCCAGAAGUUCUGCAUCAAACUCCUGGUGCCCUCCCCUGAGGGCAUGAGUGAGAUCUACCUGCGGUGCCAGGAUGAGCAACAGUAUGCCCGCUGGAUGGCCGGCUGCCGACUGGCCUCCAAGGGCCGCACCAUGGCGGACAGCAGCUACACCAGCGAGGUGCAGGCCAUCCUGGCCUUCCUGAGCCUGCAGCGGGCAGGCGGUGGGGGCUCGGGCAACCACUCCCACCCCGACGCCUCCAGUGAGGGCCUCAACCCCUAUGGUCUUGUUGCCCCCCGCUUCCAGCGAAAGUUUAAGGCCAAGCAGCUUACCCCUCGGAUCCUGGAAGCCCACCAGAACGUGGCCCAACUCUCGCUGUCCGAGGCCCAGCUGCGCUUCAUCCAGGCCUGGCAGUCCCUGCCCGACUUCGGCAUCUCCUAUGUCACAGUCAGGUUCAAGGGCAGCAGGAAGGACGAGAUCCUGGGCAUCGCCAAUAACCGACUGAUCCGCAUAGAUGUGGCCGUGGGUGACGUGGUCAAGACAUGGCGCUUCAGCAACAUGCGCCAGUGGAACGUCAACUGGGACAUCCGGCAGGUGGCCAUCGAGUUCGACGAGCACAUCAACGUGGCCUUCAGCUGUGUGUCUGCCAGCUGCCGCAUCGUGCACGAGUACAUCGGGGGCUACAUCUUCCUGUCCACACGAGAGAAGGCCCGUGGGGAGGAACUGGAUGAGGACCUCUUCCUGCAGCUCACGGGUGGCCAUGAGGCCUUCUGAGGCCCCUCUCACUGCCCUCGUUCGGCUCACCAGCUGCCACGGCCCACUCCCAAGCUCACACCCACCUGGAAGACCCACACCCUCUCCAAACACGCACCAAGCUGGGCAUGUUCGUCCGCUGUCACUGGCUUUGUGCCAACCAGGAACCUGGCUGGGCCAGACUGCCAUCCUGCAGGCUAGGGCGUGAGUCCUGAACUCAUACAGAGCCCCACCUCCCUCGCCCCAGUGGCCAGCACCAACAGCCUGACCUAACUGCGGUCCCAAGCACAAGAUCAGCUGUAGAUAGAGAAUGACAAGAAAUCAAACUGGAUUUCUUUUUUUUCAACUUUUUACAUUUCUUUUUCUUUUUUUAAAAAUAUAUUUUAUUGCUGGACUACCCUUCUUCCUCUGGAACUGUGCUGGGGGCCGCUCUGACGUUCUGUCUCUUCAUCACCAGCCAAGCAGAGGGGCUUUCCUGCGAUAGACACAAGAGUGGGUUAGAGAAAGAGAGACCUGGGCCUCCCUGGUGGCGCAAGGGGUUAAGACGCAACCUAUGAAACUACCUGCAGCCUCUGCAGAACGAGUUCUAUCCCCAGACAGCCAGGGAGCUACCCACAUGGCACAGCAGACCUCUCCCGUCUCACCCGCUGCUCCCCUCAGCAGUGUACUUCGGUUUAUCUGCCUGUUCUGUUCCCCACUCUGUCUCUGGUGGAUCCUCUCACCCCCCACACCUCUGGCCUACACCCCAGCUCUUGUAUGUAUAAAUAAAUCUUUAA